AUGUACGUGGGCUAUGUGCUGGACAAGGAUUCCCCCACGUACCCCGGCCCCGCCAAUCUGGGGCUCACUGAACGGCAGGUGAAGAUCUGGUUCCAAAACCGGCGGGCAAAGGAGCGCAAAGUGAACAAGAAGAAGCAGCAGCAGCAGCCCCCACAGCCACCACCGCCAGCCCACGAUGUCACCCCCACCCCAGCCGGGCCACCCCUGGGGAGCCUGUGCCCCAGCAACGCCAGCCUGCUGGGUGCCUCCUCCCCCAUGCCUGUCAAGGAAGAGUUUAUGCCAUAG